AUGUGCCGUCAAAACUUGCUACUCCUCUUAGGCGGCUUGCUGGGGUUAAGCCAGGCUCGCCAGCCAGGAUUCAGCAUCCACCACGAUCUUCUAGCAUAUCCUCAGUUCGAGGUAGUCUUCUCCGAAUCAUACAUAUCAGAAACCGAUGCGCAGGCCUUAGUUGAAAAGGCUAGCCCCUCUCCCACCAACUAUGACGCCAACUUGCCAGGCCAGACCGAUAUAAUAUCUAAUAUACAACCUGCUAAGGAUGGGGCCGACGCUGAUAGCAGUAUCGGUGACAGCGACCGAAAUCUCGCCGAGUCCUACGAGAUCAUGACUGCUCCUCCCCAUCGCUACCUAUGUGCCAUACCGGUUAUUGAAUCUCCUCCCGCACCUAACAAGACAGCCACUGAGCUAGCCAAGGCCGAGGAGGCCCGCGAACUCGCAAGAGCUUCGGCUCACGGUUGGGAUCUCAUCAACGGUCUUGACGGCAACUGUCUUUACUAUAUGUCUGGUUGGUGGAGCUAUAGCUUUUGCUACGGCCGUGACGUUGUGCAAUUUCAUGCGCUUCCCGCCAGCGUCAAGAGCGGUCCCCCCAUGAGAGACCCCAAUACUGCAGAAUACGUCCUUGGAAGAGUUCCUGCUCCGCACUCCACUACACGCUCUUCGCGCCGCGGACAACCUGUACCCGCGGGUGACAAGGGGCAGGCUGCUACGACACCGCCGAAUACAGAACUCCAGGUCAAGGGCGACCAGCGGUAUUUGGUUCAGAAAAUGGCGGACGGCACUAUAUGUGAUCUGACUGGUCGAGAACGGACGAUCGAAAUACAAUACCAUUGCAGUCCAGGCAGCACCCAGGAUCGUAUUGGUUGGAUCAAAGAGGUGACAACAUGCGCAUACCUUAUGGUAGUCCAUACCCCUCGUCUGUGCGUAGACGUUGCUUUCCAGCCACCCAAGGAGGAGAAGGCGAAUAUUAUUAGCUGUCGCACCAUCGUGUCGCAAGCAGAGGAGGCAGAUUGGCACGCGCAAAAGACGCUGGAAGCUCAGUCGGCUAUGGUAGGCCAAGCCAAAGGAGAGGCGAAAGCUCCCAUCACUAUUGGUGGAAUCGUGGUUGGAGGGCGGCAGAUGCUCGGACGGGGCGAAGACGGAAAGGCUGCACAUCAGCUAGCUCCUCCACGAAACUUCCGAAGUUCGAACAUCCCUUCUUUAAUCGAGGUGGUGGCCAAGGGGGCCAGCAAAGAGGAAGGUAGUAAGGUCGAAAUACUCACUGACGAGGAACUAGCUAAGCUAGAUCUCAACCCCGAGAUGAUCGAGGAACUGAGGAAAGAGCUGCAAAAGCUAGCAGGAGAUAGGGGCUGGAAACUCGAGGUUGUCGAAGUUCCAGGGGACGGCCGGGAGAUUCACAGUGUGGUUGAUACCGACGAAGUUAAGAAAUCCGAUGAUGAUGACGAAAACAAGGAAGCAGGCAGCGAGGAGAAAUUCUUCAAGGAGGAGUUGUGA